AUGGUAUUUAUUUUAUGUAUUUCUGGAUGUACAUGUAGUGGAAAGACAACAUUAAGUAAUGCACUUUUUAAAAAAGGAAUUAAAAAAAAAAUUAAUGUAGAAAAAAUAUCACAGGAUGAUUUUUAUGUUGACAAAGAAAAGGUAAAACAAAUAAGAAAUAAUGAAAAUUCAGAUAUAAUUUUUUAUGAUUAUGAUUCGAUUUCUGCAUUGGAUAAAGAAAAAAUUAUUAAUGUUAUAGAAAUGAAAAAAAAUAAUUGUGAUUUGUUAAUAGUUGAAGGUACUAUGUUAUUGGAGAUUAAUGAGAUUGUUACAAACUAUUGUGACAAAAUAAUUUAUGUAACAUUAGAGAAGAAUAUUUGUAAUAAGAGAAGAAAAAAUAGGAAUGAUUAUGAUCCACCUGAUAAUGAGGGUUAUUUUGAUCAAGUUGUCUGGCCAUCAUAUCAAAAUAAUUUAGAUAUAGCAAAGAAGUUAUCUCAUAUGUAUGAUAAAAAUUUUUUUACUUUUGUUGAUGGAGAAAGUAUUAAAUUAGAAGAUAUUGAUAAUUUUUGUAAUUUUAUUUGGAGGGAUAUCAAAUUAAAUGUUGUUAGAAUAGUUGAUGAUACUAAAAUUGAUAUAAAUGUAGUUAAUGAAAUUGUCACAACACCAUCAUCUGGAGCUACUUCAAUUUUUGUUGGAACAACACGUGAUAACUUUAAUAAUAAAAAAGUUAUACGUUUAGAAUAUGAAUGUUAUAAAGAGAUGGCAUUAAAGGAAAUGAAAAAAUUAUGUUUAAAAGGAAGAGAAAAAUUUAAAACAAUUCAUAAUAUAGCAAUUUUUCAUAGAAUAAAUCAUGUUCCUGUGACAGAGGCAUCCGUUGUUAUUGCUGUUUCAUCACCACAUCGCCAUGAAUGUCAGGAGGCUUCUAAUUUUUUAAUAGAUGAAUUAAAAGUUUCUGUACCAAUCUGGAAAAAAGAAAUUUAUUCUGAUAAUUCAGGUCAAUGGAAAGAAAAUUGUUGUAAAAAAUAG